AUGGCGGUUCCUCUGGUGGUGCACGUUGCCGAGUACGCGGGGUUCGUCAUGUCGCUGAUCACCAACUCGCUGCUGCUCUAUCUGAUCGCGACCAAGGCCCGCAAGCAGUUUGGCGCCUACAAACACAUCAUGCUCAUCUUCUGCUGCUUCGGCAUCGGCUAUUCCUUUGUCAGCAUCUCCGCUCAGCCGGUAGCCUAACCUGAAUUUUUCCUGUAAGAAUUCGGUUCAGAUUUACCACAGCUACAAGGCGAGCUUCGUCGUGAUGGUUGGAAGCUGGUUUCAAUACGACAAGACCAUUGGAACCAUACUGAUAAGUUCGUUCAGAGGGAAAUAUAUAGUUCUACCACUGACCCUUGAAGAAAAAAUUGCCAGUUUUAAGAAAUGGCAAGAUUAGCAACAAAAAACGACGUAUACAUAUUUUGAGCUUUUUUCCCCUUUUUCAAAAAAAAAAUCUAUAUCUUUCAGCCUUGUACUGCGCUUGCUUCGGAAUGUGCCUCCUACUGUUGGCCUUGCAUUUUACAUAUCGCUACAUCGCUGUUUGCAAGUCUUUUGCCAUUUUGGGCUCACAAAAACUGCAUUUUGCAGACCGACCCUACUGUACCUUUUUGAUGGCAAAAAGUUGAUUUUUUCUAUUUUGAUCCCAUUUUUCUUCGCCGCCAACUGGUACGUCGCCGUGUACUAUAUGCUUGAGCCGAACUCCAAUAUCACCAAUUUCAACAGGUUCUCUAUAAAAAUUAGACGACAAGCGUUUUUUUAAUUGAUCUUCUUCAGAGAGGCCGUUAAAGAGUCGUAUGGGGAAGAUUUGACUCGGAUUGCCUACAUUGCUGCCUUGUAUUACGUAAGUCAAUUAACUAAUCAAAUCUAGUAGCUUCGAUUCCAGGAACGGGAUGCCGAGGGAAAUUAUCACAUUUACUGGGACGAUAUUCUUUGCAUUGUUAACUUGAUUCUCAUCAUGGUGAAAAUUGACGAAAGUUUUGAAGACGGCUCUGUUUUCAGGGUUUUUCACUGAGCGUCAUUGGCUUCUGCGGCUACCGGAUUCACGUUGAAAUCUCUGCAGACGACGCUCGAUUCAGCAAAAGAACCAAGGAGCUUCACAAACAGUUGUUCUACGUCUUGAUCGUUCAGGUGAGAAUCCGCUCGAGUGUCCUUCAUUCGCCGCGAACUAAAACUGUUCAAUGCGUCGCGGUCAUGCCGCGAAAAAUUUAUUCGAAGGGAUAAUAUUUGAAAACCAGAAAAGUUAUAGACUGCGAUUCCCAUCAUCACGAUGUACACACCAGUCGGCUCGCUUUUCCUCCUUCCGUUUUUGGAGUUCAAACUCGGCGCUUUGGCCAACUCUGUGCCUUUCUACCUGGCCCUUUAUCCGUCGUUCGAUCCUCUCGUCGCAAUUAUUCUCAUCCGCGACUUCCGCGAAGCCCUUUUGAGUGGGUGAAUCUUCACUUCGAAAGAUGCAACUCCCUUUUUAGGCUGCGGAAGAGGCAACAGAAACCAGAUCGGUACUGUACAAAGCAAGUUAUCGCCGACAGUUGGGUCCAGCCAAACCACAUCUCAGUAUGA